CUCUGUUAAAUGGUUUCUCAGUUAGCGGCUCAGCUGUAAAAUCCUCCCGGGCCCCUUUGGUUCACAGAAGCCAUGGAUCCCCAGCAGAAGACCGAGGAGCGGGGCGACGUGUUCGCCGGUUUCUGCUCCACGUUCAAAUCGUUCGCCACCGAGGCCAUUCACGUGGGCCAGGAGCCGGAGCAGUGGAAGUCGAUGGCCGUGGUGCCGCCGAUCUCUCUCUCCACCACCUUCAAGCAGCACGGGCCGGGGAACCACGCCGGGUUUGAGUACAGCCGCAGUGGAAAUCCUACAAGGAACUGUCUUGAGAAGGCCGUGGCAGCUCUGGAUGGAGCAAAGUACAGCCUUGCUCUCGCCUCAGGGCUUGCUGCCACAGUGACCAUCACCCACAUGCUGAAAUCAGGGGACGGGAUCGUCUGCAUGGAUGAUGUGUACGGAGGAACAAAUCGUUACUUCCAAAGAAUCGCCACAGAAGUGGGUCUGGAGGUGUCGUUUGCUGAUUGUACAAAACCAGAGCUGCUGAAGGUGGCACUGAAGGCCAACACAAAACUGGUGUGGAUCGAGACGCCUACCAACCCCACGAUGAAGGUCGUCGACAUCAAGGCCUGCGCCGACUUGAUCCACGAUCACAACAAAGACAUUGUGGUGGUUGUGGACAACACCUUCAUGUCCGCCUACUUCCAGCGCCCCUUGGCUUUGGGAGCUGAUAUUUGUAUGUAUUCAGCCACCAAAUAUAUGAACGGUCACAGUGAUGUGGUGAUGGGUCUGGUUUCAACAAACCGGGAUGAUUUGAACGAGCGCCUGAGGUUUCUGCAGAACGCACUGGGUUGUGUUCCCUCUCCAUUUGACUGCUUCUUGUGUAACCGCGGACUUAAGACGCUACACCUACGGAUGGAGCGGCACUUCAAGAAUGCCAUGGCCGCUGCUAAGUUUCUCGAGGCUGAUCCCAGGGUGGAGCGCGUCAUCUUCCCAGGCCUGCCCUCUCACCCCCAGCACGAGGUUAUGAAGAGACAAUGCACCGGGUGUCCAGGCAUGAUCACCUUCUACAUCAAGGGGAAACUCGAGCAUGCCAGUGCCUUCCUCAGUAACCUCAAAAUAUUUGCGAUAGCUGAGAGUCUUGGUGGUUACGAGAGUUUAGCUGAACAUCCAGCGAUUAUGACCCAUGCAUCAGUGCCGGAGAAAGAGAGGAGCGUGCUGGGGAUCAGCGACACACUGAUCCGACUCUCUGUGGGCCUGGAGGAUGAGGCCGACAUCAUUGAAGACCUGGAGCAGGCGCUGGGUGCUGCUCAUCCAAUGAAGAAUUGAAAUGUCUUCAAACGUCCCCACUGAGGUGGAAUAGGUCGCAGUGAGGGGGAAGACUGGAGGUACCUGACGUCUUAAAAAAUCACAGAUCAACUCAUGGUGCCUCAUGAUCUGCGCACAAGCAGCAUGUAUCAGGGAAAAACAUGGUCUCUAAAAUAAUACAAAUCCUAUUAUCUAUCGCAAACUAACACAAUGUUAUUAAUGAUUAUUUUAACACAGUGGAAAUCUUAUUUAUCUCAUGCUUGUUUUUAUGUUUCUGUGUUUUUGUUUUCAUUUGGAAUGCUUUUAAAGUCCUGUUCAUUCAGACUGACACAGUAUUCAAAUUUCUGAGUCAAAGACAAAUAAAGCUUCCGAAAAGUUAUUUUUAAAAA